ACACGCUAAUAAGUUUAAUUCUGUGUCAAAGAAUACAUAGCACGUCGAAAGAAUAGGUUCCAAGAGCAUCUCGAAGCAUUCCCUUGUCAAUGUCUUGCUCUGUAACAAGUGUGACCACUGUCAACCUUACAUAACAUUCAAUUGAGUUUCAGAGAUACAAAAGCACAAUCAUUUACCUGUAACUUCUCUCCAAGUAUCAGAGUCACCCAUCUCUUGAUUUCCCCUGCUGUUCCACUCCUCUCAUUGAAUCUAUCAGUCUCUCUGACCUUGAGCCUGAGACUAGUGUUAUUGAAGAUAGUAGCAGCUUUAACAUGACAAACUUUUGAUUGAUUUAAAUCUGUGACUACUGACUACUAAGCAAAAUUGGUGGUGUUUGGUACUUUUUGUAUAAGUUUUUAAGUAGUGGGCGAUACAUAAAAUUGCUUAAUGCUCAUUACAAGCUGCUGCACGCGCUUCCACGCGCCGUCGUCAAUUUGUAUCUCUGUGGUCAGUCUCCCUCUCAGACAUUGUCCGUAUAAAGUUUUUCCCUUUUUCUCUCAGAAUUGCUCUUUGGCUAAGAAUCAAAUGGAACAGCCUGUGAUAGCUCAUCCUCGAGCUCUCACCGAUAAGAUAACCCUAAUUCGUGACGCGGGUCCUUCCAAAUUCCAGGUAAUUGCAGAUUUCGAUGCGACAUUAACGAAAUACCGAGUCAGUGGACUUCGAGGGCAGACCAGUCAUGGCCUCUUGCAGCAAGGAAACGCAUAUUACGAUGCUAAGAGGCAAGCAUUAUAUGAUCACUAUCAUCCUCUUGAGAUUUCUCCUGUUAUUCCCAUUGAUGAGAAAACCAAACUCAUGGAAGUGGUAUACUCUUCUCUUCUUAUCAAUCGCAUUUGGUGGAGUAAAACUCAUGAGCUUCUCAUUGAGGGAGGUUUAACAUAUGAGGCAAUCAAGAAAUCUGUUGCGAAUUCCUCCAUAGCUUUUAGAGAAGGUGUGACUGAGCUUUUUGAAUUUUUGGAGAAAAAGGAGAUCCCAGUUCUGAUUUUUUCAGCAGGACUUGCUGAUGUCAUUGAAGAGGUUUUGAGGCAGAACCUUGGUAGAACUUUCAAGAAUGUUAAGAUUGUAUCUAACUGGAUGGUGUUCAAUGAUGAUGGACAGCUCGUGUCUUUCAAAGGAAAGCUAAUUCACGUGCUAAACAAAAACGAACACGCUUUAGACAUGGCUGCUCCACUUCAUGAUCGACUUGGUGUUGACAUUGGUGAGGAAGAUGAAGAAAAUGUAAACAUGAAAGAGCGAAGGAACGUUUUGCUUAUGGGAGAUCAUUUGGGGGAUUUAAGGAUGUCUGAUGGACUGGAUUAUGAAACUCGGAUAUCUAUUGGGUUUCUGAACGAUAACAUUGAGAAGAGUCUUGAAAGCUACCGCGAGUCAUUUGAUCUUGUUUAUGUUAAUGAUGCACCUAUGUGGGGAGCUCUGGAACUUGUUUCUCGGUUAUUCUCAACAGAAGCGAGGUAGCUGCCAAUGCCUCUGCGGAGCUGCUUUAAGUGCAAGACUAUUUCUUUCAGUUGAUGAAAACUAUAUUGCAAGUAGAAUUCAUGUGUAUUGCUUUAGAUUAUAAAAUAUACUAUAUUGAUGAAAACUGUACUCACUGCUUUAAUAGAUUUCAAGGGAACCCUAGAAAGAAUCUCCUCUUUCAAAUCCUUUGGAAGAUUGGAAAUCGUCGUCGUCAUU